GAGUCUACAUUGAUCGCCAGAAAACUGAUUUCCUCAAUGCCGACCACUGUUUUCUUAGGCGCAGCAGUACUCUGCAGAUGCACAAACCGUCACGAGCGGUCAGCAUCCUCACGCCUAGACACGAAUCACAGCCACAACCCGUGAUCGACUCCGGACUCUGCACUCACCAUCAUGGCAAUGCACCUGAUCCCCGACUCGAUACACGCGUACCACUCCGCAUUCACUACGUGCCCAGCCCUCGCCUCGCCGAGACUCCCGCUGCACACGCUGGACGACGCGGAUCUGGGCGUCCACAACGUCACGUCCCGCACGACGCACCGCCUCGUCGCGCCGCCGGAUUCCCAUACCGGAUCCGACUCCGACUCGGAGGACUCUACCGCACCGGCGCGCGCGUGGGAGGCGGUGUACCCGGCGGGCAGCAUCAAUCCUUCUGGCGCGAUCCCGGGUGGAUUCGGGUUCUACGUGGCGGGCGCGGGCGCGUUCGCGCCCGCCUUGGAGGGCGGGGCGCAGCACGUCGUGGUUUCGUACAGGAUGAUGCUGCAGGGCGGGUGGGAGUGGGUCAAGGGCGGGAAGCUGCCUGGGAUAUUUGGUGGUGAUGGGAAGCUGUCGUACGCGUGCACCGGGGGUAGGAAAGACAACCGGUGUAAAUGCUUUAAUAUUCGGCCGAUGUGGAGGGCGAACGGCCAGGGGGAGCUCUACACGUACCUACCCCUCACCGAUCACAAUCGCGAGCGUCAACUCGCCGUCCCGCCGACAUCGAAAGCCAACCCCGAUUACGGAUUCUCGCUCGGCCGCGGCGCGUUCAACUUCGAUGUCGCGGUGGGCAGGUGGGCCACGGUUGCGUUCCGGUUGAAGCUCAAUACCGUCGGGAGCGAAGAUGGUUGCGUGCAUUUAAACCAUGGCAGUCCUCCCGUUUCUCAUUCAUGUCAAGGGGAACUCGAGUUCUGGAUCAAUGGGCGAUCGGUUAUCAAGGUGACGGGGCUGAUGUUGCGGGACUCUGAGGCGUCACGGAUCAAGGGCGCGCAUUUUCAGACGUUCUUUGGCGGACAUACCGAGGAUUGGGCAUCGCCCAAGGAACAAAAGGCGUGGUUCGCUGAUGUGACCGGGCUGAUAGUGGAAUGAAGAGCUUGGAUCGAUCGAAAUGGGAAGGGCACUAAACACUGAUCACAACUGCGUCAACCGAGACCGUCAUGAUUCAACACUGCGACCCAUCAUGGCUCUCCUCUGGAGUCAGCACGACAUCUUGCAUGUCGUCGUCGGCCUCCCUCGAGGGACCCGGGACAUCGCGUUCUCUGCGACGCUUGCUCUCAAACACCUGCAACCCGCGUCGCCGAUUGCUCGCUAGGGGGCUCGAGUCCACGGACCCGACUUCCGGCGUAUCGGGAUCGCCCGGUGGACCUCGGCGGGGUGUGCUGAGCAGCGUGUCCUCGGCGCCGGGCGGGGCGUUGUCGUGCGGGGCGGUGUAUGCGGGCGGCGGGGCGGCGAUGGCCUCCAUGCCGAGCCCGAAGUACGGGGAGAGCAGGUACGCGUUGAGGGGGGAGGACGGGACGGGGGGCUUCUCGACCAGCGUCGCGGACGAGUCGGCGAACGGCUUCGUGGCUUUGCGGUUGUGCGUGAGCAGCAGGGGCUGUGUCCGGGCGUCAAUACGUUUCGUCGAUGCGCAUGUGACGCUGUGAGCCUGAGCCACUUGCCUUGAGUGGGGCCGUUCUUUUUCUGAACGUGCGCGCCCGCAUAAACGCGCAGAUGGCGCACAGACUGGCUACGAGCAUAAAUCCGAGGAUGGGAAUGACGAAUGCCCAGCGAGGAAAGUCCUUCGACUGCUGCUGCUGCUGCUGCGCUUGCACAUCGCGCACAACCUGGUUCAGAUGAGAUUCGGGUGAUGUCGACAUGGUUUCAGGGUGAGGUGGGGUGUCUUGGAAGCGGGAGAUAUCGCUUAUAUAGGUGGCGGAUGCGUUGUGAAAUAGGAGCCGCUGGAGUGAGACAGUCUCAUGCGUCGAAAAUCAACGCGCAGAGAGGAUUUGGUGGUAUUUAUGUCUUGAGCAUGCAUGUUCUCGAAACACCUGCUGUACAGCAGACUGAAUAUCAUACCCCCGGUCGUCAAAAGUGGAACAGCAGGUCCCGUGAUCGAUGUCCACAUCCACGUGCUGACAUCGGGAGUUGCCGACUGUUGGGAUUGCACCCACUGCCACUAGCCGCGGGCAACAAUUCGGGCUGACCCACCCGUUCGGGCAGAGCCCAUGUUAUUUCUAAGUGGUCAUUCUGAGGGCAGGAAAUAGACACACCUGACGACCGAUUAGGUUCACUGUCCCUCAGUAUGAUGUCGAUGAAGGAGAGGAACUUCUGAUGAAGAAACGUCCACGCGGCCAGGUCUUCUCCGUUUGAAAAUCCUCUGAGAGCAGCACACUUUGCGUAUGCAGCAGCGAAAUCCGCGAGCAAAUUUCGAUCUCUCAUCCCAUUG